AUGGCUCCUUCGAUGGCAGAGGCCAGAGUGGCCUCUCACGGCUCGGCAGCAUCGACACCGAUCUCACAUGACACUAAGGCCUCCUCGUCAAAAUCUUCUUCCGGACAGGCACCAGCCAAGUCGCAAGAUCUCGAUCCACAACCACCAUCUACACCUUCUUCGAACAUAGCAUCAUCAUCCAGACCAGCAGCAUCAUCUUUACAAGCCACUUCGAGCGUCCACCCUCCCUCUUUCGUCUCGGAAUCCUUCGUUGACAAUGGCGAGGCGCCCGCAAGCUCUUCAGCGCAGGCUUCACCCAACCCAUCCGAAAGCGGCGUCAUGUUGCGGCAAGCAGGUCAGCUAUCGCCCCGCGCAAGGCAAAAGAGAAGCGCAGCAUCCCAUCAAGACGCUCCAACAGCCGCAUCCUCCUCAAGAACCAAUCAGAUCGAUCCCUUCUUGCAAACCAUCCACGACGCUCCCGAAUACGGCGCCGCCUUCCGCCCUCCAUCUCCGUCCUCAGCGCCUGCUCUCACCCUCUCCUACCGAUGUCGGCCUGCCUCCCAAUUUCCAAACUGGGCCUCCCUCUUCGACUCUCUGCCAAAGCAACAACCACUCUCACUAGCAUCACGCACCUCGGAAAGCCCUCCGGCACCCUCCACCAUCUCGACGCAUCCCUCUUCCCCUCUCACAUCUGAGCAUCCCGACCUGGCUGCCUCCUCGCUCACAGAAGCGACCAGCAUCGCCGCUCCCGACUCGCAAUCCUCGUCCGCCAUCGGAACUCCUCAACUCUCGGCUCCCAAACCCGCGUGGGGGACGCCCAAGUCGUGGGCCGACACCCUCGGUCGCACCGGUCUCCACUCCAAGGGUCCCAUCGGCGUCAGCGUCAACGUUGGCAACGAGCAUGCCUCCACCGCUUCCGACAUCGGCUCCCCCUCGGCAGCACGCUCUCCAAAGGCCACCAACGGCAAGAAAGCCGGUCGAAAAUCGGGCGCUGCUCAAAGCAGACCUGCCGUCAUGAGCCUCGAGCGACUGCUGGCCGAUGCUCACACUCGCUUCGACGCUCCCGUCACCCACCCUCGAGGUCUCGUCAACAAGGGCAACUUUUGCUUCGCCAACGCCAUCCUGCAAACACUCGUCUACUGCGCUCCCUUCUACAAUCUCUUUAGCCUCAUCGGACGAGAAGUGCCCGCCGACUUUGGCAACGCUACGCCGCUCAUGGAAGCCGUGAUCCAGUUUCUGCGCGAGUUCCUUCCCGUCGACUCCUCCCACUCGCUCGACUCGCCCCACCUCGGCCACGACGCUUCCAUCGCUGCUGCCUCCGAGCCCUUCGUUCCCGAGUUUGUCUACGAUGCCAUGCGUCUCAACAAGCGCUUCGACCAGAUGCGCCGCGGUCACCAGGAGGAUGCCGAGGAGUUCCUCGGCUUCUUCCUCGACACGCUCCACGAGGAGCUCAUUGCAGCACAGCGCCGAUCCGCCAUCAAGCUGGCUCAGUCGGCCGGCGGACCCAACGGUAUCCUCUCCAAGAUGUCGGAGGAGGAGAAGAAGCUCAACGGUGUUUCCGACGAUGACCUCAGGCGUCUGGGUGUUCGCGUCAACAAGGAGGCUAAUGCCUCGGGCGAGCCUGUCGGUCUGGGACUGGAUGCGGCCUUCGACGAGGACGACAUUGUCGAGCGCGAAGUCAUGCGUCCCGGCAGUCCAUCCGAAGAAGGCUGGAUGGAAGUGGGACAAAAGGGCAAGACCGCCUUCACACGCACCACCUCCACCUCCGAGUCGCCCAUCACCCGCAUCUUCGGCGGCAAGCUUCGCAGCGUGCUCAAAACCCCCGGAGCCAAGGACAGCGUCAUGCUCGAACCCUACCAGCCUCUCCAGCUCGACAUUCAGCCUGCGCACGUCCAGUCGAUCGAAGACGCGCUUCUGCAGCUCACCGAGCCCGACAUCAUCCAUGACGUGUGGUCGCCCUCGCGCUCUGCCUUUGUCGAUGCCACCAAGCAGUUCUUCAUCGAGUCCCUCCCGCCCGUGCUCAUCAUCCACCUCAAGCGCUUCAUCUACGACGAGAUCGGCGGUGUCCAGAAAAGCCAGAAACCGCUUUCGUACGGAACCACGCUCGAGAUCGCCCCCGAAGUGCUGAGCCCUGCGAUGCGCUCGCAGCCUCGCCCGCGCUACCGUCUCUUUGGCAUUGUGUACCAUCACGGCCGCUACGCUAGCGGUGGGCACUAUACGGUGGAUGUGCUGCGCCCGGAUGGUCACUCGUGGCUGCACAUUGACGAUACGAUGUACCACACUGUUCCGACGGAGCACAUUGUGCGCAACGCGAGCUCGGUCAACCGGGAUUAUGGGCAUGAUGGGCUUGCGUAUCUGCUGUUCUAUCGGCGGGAGUUGCCGGGUGAGGCAGAGCAAGCAGCUGCAAGUGCGCAACCAAAGGAGGCGGCCUCGGCCAAGUCUAGCCCCCCCACAGCGCAGGUCAACGGCACCCGCACCGUCGCAGACGUUCAAAAGCCAGCAGCCGCACAGGCAUCGGUCAAGACCAAGCAACAAGCCCCGCAGCACAAGGCCCUCUCGGGUGCCAAGACGCCCAACGGCGCCGGCGCCAAUUCGGCAGCUUCAUCCCCGCGCAUCGCGCACGCCUCUCCCAAACCGGCUGCAGUGCCAAUCACGGCCAACAAGGCCGCUAAAAAAGUCGUCCCUGGUUGGGACCGCUAA